AUGUCGGAGCUGAAGGAGUUCCUCGACAGUGAGUGUUGGACUGUGUGUCCGGUGCGGGACUUCUCGCUCGUUCACCUCCAAGAGUUCCAGUGGUUAUCCACAUCCCUGCCCUCACAGCGCCUGUCGCUGUCGCCCAACUCGUCGCCCAAUAAGAGACAAAAGUAUUACUUUUCGCGCCGUUUUCUGGAGCCGACGGACCGCUCGAAAGGGUCGACACCUUUCGAUGUGGACGACGACGUCGUGCCCGCGAGUGAUGGGAAGGCUUCGGACGUGAAUACCGGCGCCGAAGACAAGGCGAUGGGCCGUCCGGUAUCUAACGGGGAGUGUGAGGGCACGGGUGGUUCGGGGGAGGGCUGUGGGGACAGUGAUGAGCCGAUUAUGACGAACACAACUCUAAACACAUUGCGAUUGUUUGGGAAAUACAUGCAAAUGAUGUCAAUCUUACGGCCCAUAGCUGUGGACGCAAUGCUCUGUUUGUUUCAAGUGUUUGAUUAUUAUCUCAAUUCUGUGUAUCAGUUGUUCGCCAAAGAGAUGGUCUCUCUGUCCGACACUUCGCUCUCCAAUGACAUGAAAGCGCAGAUCAAACGCAUUGGCGAUCACCUGAUGGUCGACGAGAGGGCUGUCUUGGAGUCCGGUGUCGACCCGUCUGUCAGUAAUAGCAGUCAUAAUAACAAUAAUAAGUAUUUUCCUCCGAUUCUGUCCACUGUUGUCGACAUGUCUUCAGCUGAAGGUCUGUACGGUUUGGCCGAACGGGUCGUUGCCGUCGAGUCUCUGGUUGUCCUCUCGACUCAAUUCCAAUCAUUGAAGCCUUACGUCGAAGAACUUAUUCCUCAGGAGAAGCGACACAUUCUUCAGCAGUAUUUUAAUCAAGUGGUGUCCAUAGCGAGUGAUUUGCGACAACCGGUGUAUAUGUGGGUAACCGUCCGCUGCAUACCAUACGAGUCGGUAGUGGCGGCGAUGGCCACCACUCAGUGGAAUAUACGGGACAUCCUAUCCCUACACAACCCAUACGUCGAUCAGUUGUUACGCGAACUCCAGAUCUUUAGUAUGCGUUUGAAUGGUGUGUUUGCGAGUCGACUGAACGCACGGGUAGUCCCGCCGGAGGUCUACCGCUGUCUAUGGGAACACGUGUUACGGCUGUCUUCGCGCACAUUCAUUGAGGGCUUCUCUGAGGCCAAGCGUUGCACUCAUGAGGGCCGGGCUCUCAUGCAACUCGAUUUCCAGCAGUUUAGACAAAAGUAUUACUUUUCGCGCCGUUUUCUGGAGCCGACGGACCGCUCGAAAGGGUCGACACCUUUCGAUGUGGACGACGACGUCGUGCCCGCGAGUGAUGGGAAGGCUUCGGACGUGAAUACCGGCGCCGAAGACAAGGCGAUGGGCCGUCCGGUGUCUAACGGGGAGUGUGAGGGCACGGGUGGUUCGGGGGAGGGCUGUGGGGACAGUGAUGAGCCGAUUAUGACGAACACAACACUAAACACAUUGCGAUUGUUUGGGAAAUACAUGCAAAUGAUGUCAAUCUUACGGCCCAUAGCUGUGGACGCAAUGCUCUGUUUGUUUCAAGUGUUUGAUUAUUAUCUCAAUUCUGUGUAUCAGUUGUUCGCCAAAGAGAUGGUCUCUCUGUCCGACACUUCGCUCUCCAAUGACAUGAAAGCGCAGAUCAAACGCAUUGGCGAUCACCUGAUGGUCGACGAGAGGGCUGUCUUGGAGUCCGGUGUCGACCCGUCUGUCAGUAAUAGCAGUCAUAAUAACAAUAAUAAGUAUUUCCCUCCGAUUCUGUCCACUGUUGUCGACAUGUCUUCAGCUGAAGGUCUGUACGGUUUGGCCGAACGGGUCGUUGCCGUCGAGUCUCUGGUUGUCCUCUCGACUCAAUUCCAAUCAUUGAAGCCUUACGUCGAAGAACUUAUUCCUCAGGAGAAGCGACACAUUCUUCAGCAGUAUUUUAAUCAAGUGGUGUCCAUAGCGAGUGAUUUGCGACAACCGGUGUAUAUGUGGGUAACCGUCCGCUGCAUACCAUACGAGUCGGUAGUGGCGGCGAUGGCCACCACUCAGUGGAAUAUACGGGACAUCCUAUCCCUACACAACCCAUACGUCGAUCAGUUGUUACGCGAACUCCAGAUCUUUAGUAUGCGUUUGAAUGGUGUGUUUGCGAGUCGACUGAACGCACGGGUAGUCCCGCCGGAGGUCUACCGCUGUCUAUGGGAACACGUGUUACGGCUGUCUUCGCGCACAUUCAUUGAGGGCUUCUCUGAGGCCAAGCGUUGCACUCAUGAGGGCCGGGCUCUCAUGCAACUCGAUUUCCAGCAGUUUGUGUCCAAAGUGGAGACAAUGACCACAAUUAGACCCAUUCCUGAGCGACAACUCGUCGAUGAGUACAUCAAAGCCUAUUAUCUCACGGAAGGCGCGCUCAUUGAGUGGAUUAAAGCCCGUAAAGAGUAUAACCAGAAGCAGAUCCACGGUUUGGUUCACUGCAUGACUACUGAUAACAAGAAAAUGAGGGCAAGAAUUGUGGCCCAAAUCGGACCCAACGCCUGAUUUCAUGUCCAGAAUCUCCGAGUGAUUAGCGAUUAAAUAGUUUUCUGUAAUUAAUUGUAUUUUUUUAAUUGAAUCGACUUUUUAUGAAUAAAUAGAUUUUUACGAUUGA